CAGCAAAUACCUUUUACUUCGACGGAAUAAAAAGUUAUAUUAGUUAUUUGGAAACAUUUCCCGAGCUUUCACAACUUACUACAUGUCAGUAUGUCGAAAUGAAUUAUAAAGAAUAUUUUCUUGGUGUCACUCAAAGUUACUCUACAGAGGAUGAUUCAAAGACUUUCUUAACCUAUGGUCAACGAACGUAUACUGGUGCAGAUCUCCAUAUACAUAUAGGGGGGCAACACUGGACAACACCGAUUAAGUUCCCAAGUCGUACAGAGAUAUUCAUUUGCAUUGCAUUUGAUUCUGAAUCGAAAACAGUACAACUUUACUUUAAUGGGACCAGAACACAAACAAAAACAUUUGAUAGUUUGAAGAAAUUUCCAGCAGGAGGAAAACUUCAAUAUGGUGCAAUUUCGGAUGAAUCUCUCCCCAAUUACAGAGGUAGAAUGAGAAAUAUGAUGAUUUGGGGAAGGAUUUUAAGAGACGACGAAAUCAUGGACAUGCACGAAUCGAAUCUGUAUCCCGAUGACGCCAUUGUUGAUAUCAAACUUAGCAAUGUUCAACCGCACGGAAUCAUUAUGCCGACGAGAACAUGUAUUGGAUCAGACUACGUUUUCAGCAAUUCUGACGGAAGAGUUGAAUAUGUCGAAUACAUCAAGACGGCACCGGCACUUGAAACGGCAACUUUUUGCAUGUGGCUGACAACUGACUCUGAAGGUGCGAUCCGUGGCGCUAUAGGGUCAUACACAGUCGGAGAUAACGUUGAUGUUAACAUAGCUGAAGGAAAAAUUAUCAAUGGGAUUACUUCUUUCGCGCUUGGAGCAAAAGGCCAAUUUCGAACAAUACCAGUGUCAUUGCGUAAAAAUGAGGAAUAUCAAAUUUGUCUUGUUGGUGAUUUCGUGUUUUCAAACACCGUAAAAUCCUAUGUCAAUGGUGUUUUUGUGACAAAAAUCCAGUUUGACAAAAUCGGCAAGAUGCCCGGAGGCGGAAAAAUCAUCAUUGGACAAAGACAAGGAUGUUUAGGGGGAUGCUUUGAUGCAGCAAAGGCAUAUAAAGGCAGGAUUCGAAAUUUCAAUAUCUGGACAAGAAUGCUAUCAGAAGAAGAAAUUCGAAAUGUGGUUGAUUCAAACCAGUGCCCUUCAGACCAUGUUGUAGAUUUGAGAAAGGGUAAUGCAAUCUUUCGACGACUUAAAAAAGAAAUUGUAACACAGCUGCCACACCAAAUUUAUAGUAUAUUAUAAAAUAAUACUAGUCGGCAAUACAACACCAAAAAAGGAUUGAACUUCUAUAUCUUAUCUCAUUUUAUCCAGUCCAUUUUAUGUAAUCCCGCACUAAAUUUAGUAACUUACUAUUUCAUUUCUAUUUGACAAUUACGAGUUAAAUCAGUUCUUAUUAUUAUAAUGCCUUUUCUGAGGCUCGAGUAAUAUCAAAUGUUCACACCGGACACUAGUAUUGUAAAGAAAAGGAUUUGGUAUAUUUUCAUCUCCAAAUACAAUAAUUGACUCCAUUCUGAAGCCUUUUCAAUUAUAUUACUUUAAUAAGAUGUUUGAAAUUACAACGUUCUCACAUGAAAAUACCUCACUGCUUUUAUUCGAUGUUUUGCUCAUAUUAGUUAUAAUAGCCCCAGGAAAUACAUUUUCAUAUAAAACAUGAGAAUAUAUCGCAGCAAAAGCAAGCAAUC